CCGAUCAUCCCCAAUAACCUCCAGAAAGAAUCAAGGCCCCAAGUGCUUUAGUUUGGCCGUUUAUAAUAGACUCUCACACAGACACACAUUGUGAAAAUACAGGAGUAGAGACCGCCAGAGGGCAGCAUUGGGCUUUAGGGCGUACAGCCUGCCGGAGAGUCAUUCGAAGAAGUAGAAAAAGGCGGCGGAGGAGGCAGAAGAAGAGACGCUUGAAGCGGAAGACGGAGAGAAAGGGAUUGCUCUGCGUGCGAUUGCUUUUGCCUUACUGCCGAUCUUCUCCCGGUUUUUUUAUUUUAUUUUAUCCUCUCCGAUUGGUUCUGCCUGUCCGUCAAGUCGGUUGAACAUGGCGACGACACCAGUAACAAAUCCAUCACAGCUGCUCCCGUUGGAGCUUGUGGACAAAUGUAUCGGUUCCCGGAUCCACAUCGUCAUGAAGACGGACAAAGAAAUCGUCGGCACCCUGCUCGGUUUCGACGAUUUUGUCAACAUGGUCCUAGAGGACGUCACGGAAUUUGAACUCACACCAGAGGGAAGAAGGAUAACCAAAUUAGACCAGAUCCUACUCAAUGGCAACAACAUCACCAUGCUAAUCCCGGGGGGGGAGGGACCGGAGGUAUGAAGUGACGUCCGGCGCUUCGCUGAGAAACCUUUUUCUGUUGUGGAUACGUUAGCUUUGAUUAUCUUCUUUAUCUGGAGUUAUUUUUGUUGUUCAUCUUUGUGUUGGGUUUCAUGACUAAGCAUUUUUGAUACGUGUAACAAGUCACACGCGUUAUUUUUGUUAUAAAUAAAUUGCGGGACUCCCCAAAACAUG